AUGAACGCAACAAAGAUCGAAAUUCGCUGGUUGGUGAGCUGGUUUCGGUCGUUUGCCUCGACCCUAGGCGAUGUUGUUGCUGUGAGAGUUCGCACACAGAAAACGAUCGAUGGAAACGUUCGCAAGCAGUACAUGGACGAAAACUACACCCUGUUGCCUGCAUACUUUACCUGGGAUCAGCUCUACACUGAGAUGAACGCCUACGUGCUUGAGAACGACCUGGACUAUUGUCCGACUAGUCGGAUCAGGUCUCCUCGUAGCAACGUUUGUGACUUGUGUGCCAUCCUGCACACACGCAUGCAGUCGUGUAUCACGGCGGAGCUUACUGAUGAGCUAGGCGUCCACACUGAAGCCGCGAAGGAAAUGAGGCUGGAGUACAAGAAGGACCUGGCAUCCGUGUUGGAGGAUCACGCAGUGAUCGUCAUGGAUUUCAGUCAAAACCUGACCCUUCCCCGCGUCGCCAGUACGCCGUCUCAGUGGUACUUCUUGUCUCUUGUGAACUACAACUAUAUGUACGAUGAAUCGGUUGCUGGUAAAGAAACGGACGAGGUCAACAGCAUGCUGUAUCACUUUAUCCAGCGGAUCAUGCUGGCGAACGGCCAUCGAAAACUCCCUAUCUACGCUGACAAUUGCGGUGACCAAAACAAGAAUAACUUCGUUGUUAAGAUACUGCACCAAGACCUUCGACGGUCUUUUGACGGCAUACAGACGAACGCUGCAAAAGUGCGGAGUCUACUAGCUGCGUACUUAGAGCCUCUACAACCACCGCCUCCAAAUUUAGAGAAAAAGCAGCAAAUGUACAACAAGGUAAGACCGUACGUCCCUUCCGAGUUUGCGCCGGACCCCCUGUAUGCAGUCCCUAUAGACGGGGAAGAGCGCCACGCGAAGGAAGCUAAGCAGGCACGUCACAGCGCAAGUGCCAACAAGAAAAAAAUAGACGCUGUAGUUUGUGAUGAAGCGAAGGUCGCCCCUGUCGAUUGUGAAGAAGAGAAUGAAGACCGUACAAACGUAUCGAAAGCUACAUCAGCGCAGCCCAAGACUGGGACCCGAAGCCGCAAGCGAGCGAAGAAGGACAAUUAG